AUGGCGCCGCGUACUAUUAAUAUUUUACUGUCUACCUUUGAGGGACUGGGUCUUCCACCUACCGUUAUCCUCCAGGCUCCCGAAGAUACGACUAUCACUUCCAUACGAGAGCAAAUCGGUCACAAACUGCCUCCUACCAACGAAAGACUUAUUGUGACCACAAUUUCGAAUAGACAACUACCAAAUGCAUCCGAAGCCCCUAUAUCCACAUAUCUGUCAUCUAGCUCUGAUGAAAUACUCUCGCUACGCCUUUCCGUUCCACUCUGCGGUGGAAAGGGUGGCUUCGGUUCACAACUUCGAGCUGCUGGCGGCCGCAUGUCCUCAAGGAAGAAGCGAGAUGAUGAUAACGGAUCAAGCAGAAAUCUAGAUGGCCGAAGGUUAAGAACUGUAAAUGAAGCCAAAGCGCUUGCUGAGUACCUCGCUAUCAAACCUGAAAUGGAUCGAGCCGAGAAAGAGAAGAGACGAGAAAGAUGGGAACAAAUCACACGACAGGCCGAGGAGAAGGAAAACGAAAUUAAGAACGGCGGAGGAAAGGGGAAAAUCGAUGGCCAGUGGCUUGAGGAUAAGGAAGAGAGCAGUGAAAGAACAAGGGAUGCUGUGCUCGCUGCAAUGAAACAGGGCAAUUAUACCGACAACCUUCUGGGCACUUCACACGGCUCAAAUACGUCAGCCAAGACAACUAACUCUACUGACGAUGAGGAUAAAGUCUCAGUUGAAUCAGAGGAAUCUCCACCAGCUACCGGACCCGUGGAUAAAGGCAAGGGAAAGGCAUUUUUUGGAUUCGACGAGGAUGACGAAUUCAUGAGCUCAGACGAAGAGGCAGAACAAUGA